UUUAAAUUUUAGAAAAUUUAUAAAAAAAUCACCAAAAGAACAAAACAGUAAAAAAAAGCAACUAUCAUAUUGGAAACUUUUUCGAUUUGCAACAAAAUUCGAGGUUCUUUUAGUUUUUAUUGGAGUUCUUUGUGCUUCUAUCGCAUCAUUGGGUCUUCCAUAUGGCAUGAUAUUAUACGGAGAAUUUACAACUAUACUUGUUGAUCGUAAAAUUGCAAGAGGAACAUCAACAAAAACCAAUAUACUGAGCAUUUUUGGUGGAGGAAAGAUACUUACGAAUGCUUCAGAAAUUGAGAUUUAUGAUGCAACUAUGAAAGAUUCAGCUGCCUUUGGAAUUGGAUGUGCUGUCGGAUCCUUAAUGCAAUUAAUAUUUGCUGCAAUUAGUAUUAACAUUUUAAACUAUGUUGCACAAAAUCAAAUUUUAAAAAUUAGAAAAUUAUUUUUGAAAUCAGUUUUACGUCAAGAUAUGACAUGGUAUGAUUUAAACACAUCACACAACUUCGCAGUUAGAAUGACAGAAGAUCUAGACAAGUUGAAAGAAGGAAUAGGCGAAAAGCUAUCAAUUUUCAUUUAUCUUUUAAUGUCUUUUGUUAUAUCAGUGAUAUUUUCUUUCAUUUAUGGCUGGAAAUUAACAUUAGUGAUUCUGAGUUGCGCACCUAUUAUUAUUAUAUCAACAGCAAUAGUAGCGCGAAUGCAAAGCACUUUGACGGAAAGAGAAUUAAAAGCUUAUUCAAAAGCUGGUACUGUUGCUGAAGAAGUUCUUAGCUCAAUAAGAACGGUCGUAGCUUUUGGUGGUGAAAACAAAGAACUUAAACGCUUUGAAGAAAAAUUAAAACCAGCUGAAAUGAAUGGAAAGAAAAAAGGCAUUUAUUCUGGUUUCGGUGGAGGCAUAAUGUGGCUAAUUAUUUACUGCUGCUAUGCACUUGCUUUUUGGUACGGAAUAAGCUUAAUUUUGGAAGACCGCGAUAAAAUUGAUAAAGAUUAUACACCGGCUAUUUUGAUCAUUGUUUUGUUCGGCGUGUUAUGUGGAGCUCAAAAUUUGGGGUUUACGGCUCCCUAUAUCGAAGCUUUUUCUACAGCAAAAGGUUCAGCAUCUUCUAUUUUUGAAGUCAUAGAUCGAAAUCCAGAAAUAGACUCUAUGGAUGAUGACGGCAUUAAACCAAAAACCAUAGCAGGAAAUAUAAAAUUUGAAAACAUAACUUUUAAAUAUCCAGCAAGAAAAGAUGUUCAGGUCUUGAAUGAUUUAAAUUUGGAUAUAGAAGCUGGAAAGACAGUUGCUCUUGUGGGAUCUUCUGGUUGCGGUAAAUCUACGUGCCUUCAAUUAAUUCAACAUCUAUAUAAUCCUCAAAAGGGAAUGAUUUAUAUUGAUGGCAUGAAAAUGACAGAAAUAAACACUAGAACACUCCGAUCAUUUAUUGGAGUAGUUGGACAAGAGCCAGUAUUGUUUGCAACAACGAUAGCUGAAAAUAUUCGUUAUGGUAAUCCUAGUGUUAGUAAUGAAGAAAUUGAAAAGGCAGCAAGAAUUGCAAAUUGCCAUAAAUUUAUUUCAAAACUUCCGUUCGGCUAUAUGACUCAAAUUGGCGAGAGGGGUGGACAAUUAUCUGGAGGGCAGCGUCAAAGAAUUGCUAUAGCACGCGCAUUAGUAAGAAACCCGAAAAUUCUUUUACUAGAUGAAGCUACUUCUGCUUUAGAUCCAACAUCGGAGAAAAAAGUUCAAGAUGCUUUAGAAAAAGCUAGCAAAGGUCGCACUACUGUGGUUGUAACUCAUCGUCUCUCAACAAUUCAAAAUGCCGAUAAAAUUGUUUUCAUCAACAAAGGAAAAGUAGUAGAACAAGGUUCACAUCAAGAGUUAUUAAAAAUGAAAGGUAGUUACUACGAGCUUGUGAAUGCGAAUAACUCAAACAUAAUAAAUGGUGAAACUUCAAAGAUUUCGAACUUAAAAAAACAUUCUCGAGCCGCCAAGAGAAGUGAGUCAACCAACAGCAAAAAAUUUGAUGAUUCAGAAACUGAAGAUGAAUUGGAGACCGAAACACCAUUGGAAGAAACUGAUUCUUCAGAUGUGGAUAGACAUAAAAUUUCUUUUUCAUAUUUAAUGAAAUUAAAUUUGAAGGAGUGGCCUUUUAUUUUAACAGGAGUAGUUUCUUCAUUUGUUGUGGGAGCUAGCUUUCCAAUAUUUGCUAUUCUUUUCGGUGAAAUGUAUGGAAUUUUAAGUGAUGAUGAUCCAGAAGAUAUUCAAAAACAAGCCAAUUUUUAUUCUAUUUUGUUUCUUGUUUUGGGUGUUGCAACUGGAAUCGGUACCUUUAUGCAAACAUUUAUGUUCAAUUAUGCAGGAGUCCGAUUAACAUCUAGAUUAAGAAUAUUGACUUUUAAAUCCAUGAUGUGCCAGGAAAUAGGAUGGUUUGAUUUGCCAAAAAACGGAGUUGGUGCCCUUUGUGCACGUUUGGCUAAUGAUUGUUCUGGAGUACAAGGUGCUACUGGAAGCCGUAUAGGCUCAAUAGUUCAGGCUGGAUCUGUUAUUAUAAUUGGCAUAGGAGUUUCAUUUUAUUACAACUAUAAAAUGACUCUCGUUGCUCUUGUUACAAUUCCAGUUGUUCUUCUGGGAAUAGUGAUGGAAGCACGAUUUGUACAAAAAAAUAAUGAAAAAGAAAAAUCAGCUAUAGAAGAAGCUACGAAUAUGGCAGUUGAAGCAAUCUCAAACAUUCGAACCAUUGCUAGUUUAGGACAGGAGCCUCAUAUAUUGAAUCGAUAUUACAAAGAAGUAGACAAUCUUCAUGAUUUUUGUCAACAAAAAGCUCGGUUUCGUGGAUUUGUUUUUGGAUUAGGACAAACUGUUCCAUUGAUGGGCUAUGGACUUUCCCUUUGGUAUGGAGGAACAUUGGUUGCAAAAAAUGAAAUGUCCUAUCAAAAUGUAAUUAAAGUUGGGGAAGCAUUGAUUUUCGGCUCAUGGAUGAUUGGACAGGCCCUAUCGUAUAUGCCAAAUGUAAAUGAAGCUAUAAUCUCUGCAUCACGUAUUAAAACUUUGCUAGAACGUGUUCCAAAAGUAAAAAACCUGUCUACACUACCAAAAAAAUCGUCUACAAAAAGUCAAAAUUUUAUUUCCUUUAAAAAAGUCGACUUUCGAUAUCCAACACGACCGAAUAUUUCAGUUUUGGAAAGUCUUAAUCUUGACAUAAAAAAAGGACAAACGGUUGCACUUGUCGGAUCUUCUGGUUGUGGUAAAUCUACAUGCAUUCAAUUACUGCUACGCUAUUAUGACGCAGAUAAUGGAAAAGUAGAAGUUGAAGACUUGGACACAACAAAUUAUCCACUUUCAAAAAUACGAGCAAAAUUAGGACUUGUUUCUCAAGAACCAGUUUUGUUUGAUAGAACUAUAGCUGAAAAUAUUGCUUAUGGCGAUAAUGAGAGAGCAAUAAUUAUGACUGAUAUUAUUGAAGCUGCAAAGUCUGCCAAUAUUCAUGAUUUUAUAUCAAAACUACCGAAAGGAUAUGAAACGAGUUUAGGAACGAAAGGUACUCAACUUUCUGGAGGACAAAAGCAAAGAAUUGCAAUUGCUAGGGCUUUAGUAAGAAAUCCAGAAAUAUUACUUUUAGAUGAAGCUACUUCAGCAUUAGAUACGCAAAGUGAAAAAAUUGUUCAAGCAGCUUUGGAGAAAGCAUCAGCUGGUCGAACUUGUAUUACAAUAGCACAUAGACUAACAACCAUACAAAAUUCUGACAUAAUUUAUGUUCUUGAGGAUGGUGAGGUAGCUGAAAAAGGAACUCAUAAUGAGUUAAUGAAAAUCAACCAAAAGUAUGCCAAACUUUACAAAAUGCAACAAAUUAAGGAAUAAAAGAUAACGUGGUUUUAAAAAAUGAUGAAUAAACAAAAUUAAAUUAAUUUCAAAUUAUUAAAAUUAAUAAAAAAAAAAUUAAAAGUAGAACUGG